AUGGAGAUGGCAGAAACGGGAAGCGGAAGUGUGCAGCCUCGAUUCUCUUGGCAGCCGAGUACGGUUACGCUCUUAGUGGCCAGGCGCCCUGCUCGCCUGGCGUUUCCUCCGCAGGCUCCGGUCGCGGGUCUGAGGCGCUGCCCCCGCUUUCCCGCGCACUCUCGGUCUCUCCGCCUCACGGAGCCUCGGGGCCUCCUGUCGCCGGGGCGCCGCCGCCAUCGCUUCCCGCGCCAUCCCAGCCGGGGCCGGUAUUCGGAGCCGCAUUCUGGACGCCGAGCAGCGGGGACCGAGCUGCGUCUCUCGGGGCGGAACAGGAAGGAUUUCAACAGCUUUGACUGGUGUUUGAACCAAACGUUACUCAUCUGCCUCCGAAUUGUCCAGUACUGGCUUCUGCUCUCCUCCUUCCUCAAGUGGCUUCUUGGACUUAGAAACGCCAUUCCCUUAGACUGCGAGAAGGUGGAGCCAGAAAUGGUGCCUUUAAAUCACCAGCUUUCUGACUUCCGGAAGCAUCUUGCCAGUGUUGAGGUACAAGACUCAGUGGUUGUUGAGCAUGUGGCCGUGGUCUUCACCCAGGAAGAGUGGGCUUUGCUGGAUCUUGCUCAGAAGAAACUCUAUAGAGAUGUGACGAUGGAAACCUUGAGAAACCUGGCUUCCGUAGUACUCACUGCACAUAAAAGAAUUCAUGGUGCAGACAGACUUUAUGAAUGCAAGGAAUGUGGGAAAGCCUUUACACAUGCCUCAUACCUCACUGUACAUAUGCGAAUGCAUAGUGGAGAGAGGCCUUUUGAAUGUAAGGAAUGUGGGAAAGCCUUUAGUUGUUCCUCAUCCCUUACUGUACAUAUGCGAACUCACAGUGGAGAAAGGCCUUAUGUAUGUAAGGAAUGUGGGAAAGCUUUUACACAGGCCUCACACCUCACUUCACAUUUGGGAACUCACAGUGUAGAGAAGCCUUAUGAAUGUAAGGAAUGUGGGAAAGCCUUUACAAAGGCCUCAAACCUCACUGUACAUAAGCGAACUCACAGUGGAGACAGGCCUUAUGAAUGUAAGGAAUGUAAGAAAACCUUUAGUCGGCGCUCAGCCCUCAGUACACAUAAACGAACUCACAGUGGAGAGAAGCCUUAUGAAUGUAAGGAAUGUGGGAAAGCCUUUACAAAGGCCUCAUACCUCACUAUACAUAAGCGAACUCAUAGUGGAGAGAAGCUUUAUGAAUGUAAGAGUUGUGGGAAGGCCUUUACCCAGGCUUCACACCUCACUACACAUAUGCGAACUCACAGUGGAGAGAAGCCUUAUGAAUGUCAGGAAUGUUGGAAAGGCUUUACAAAGGCCUCACGCCCGGCGUCCUGCUCGCUGCCGUUCUCCCGCUGGCUCCGCCCCGGGUGGAGGCACUUCCCCUACUCUCCCGCGCACUCUCGGUCUCUCGUAGCCUCGGGCCCUCCUGUCGCCUCAGCCCCACCGCCGCCUCAGCUUCCCCAGCGAUCCUGCCCCGGAGGCCGCAGCCGCUUCCUAGUGGCGGAGCAGUAG